UCCACGCCUUCAUCUGGAUCCCGCUCAGCAUUUCUCGAGACGUCCAUCGGCCAAGCCAUACUCAUCCUAGCCGAACAACUCGCCAAUCCGGGAGCCUCUCUCUUCCAGCCAGACAUUGUCCAGGGCUGCGUGCAGAUGCUCAAUGGCGCAAUGCAAGUCGCCCUGGGGGACAAAGGUGGAAGAGGCAAAGUCGAAGAGGACGGAUGUGAAGUGUUAUAUGGCCGUGCAGGGCUUCUGUAUGCGAUACUCUACCUCCGCUCUGCGGCAGGAGGUAGCUCAGGGAAUUCCUUGGCGAAAACUGUCGAACCUUUGAUAUCCGACCAAGUCAUCCAAGCUCUCGUCGACGAUAUCAUCAAGAGAGGUAAAACGGGAGCGACCUACUAUCAGGGAGAUUUGAGUGGGAAGGAUAAAGAGCGAGCACCGAAGCUAAUGUGGAUGUGGCACGGGAAGCGAUACCUGGGCGGCGCACAUGGUGUUGCUGGCAUCCUUCAAAUCCUCCUCUCUGCCCCCACAGAGAUUAUCCAGCCUCACCUGCCGGUGAUAUACGAUACCGUUGGCUGGCUCAUUUCCCUACAAGACCACGAGGGCAAUUGGCCGCACAAAGCAUCGACCCGGCCGACGAAGCAAGUGACGGAAGAUCUCGUCCAAUGGUGUCACGGCGCCCCUGCAGUUCUGAUCCUGCUCUCCACCCUUAUCAAACGCGCCAGCGCCCUGCAUACCCCUUCCUCCCUCCUCACCGCCGCUAAAUCCGCACUGCAACGCGGAGCAGCCCUCGUCUAUGAACGCGGCCUCCUGCGUAAAGGCGUCGGGCUAUGUCACGGGGUCGCCGGAUCAGUGUACGCUUUGCUCGCAGCGUCGGACGUCUUGGACGCAGAGUCCAGCGAACCCAUGCAGUUGCAGCGCGCUGUGUAUCUGGCUGUGCAGGCGACGCAGUGGGACGACCUCGUGCGGAAGGCCGAGAUGCAGCUACCAGACCGACCGUAUAGCUUGUAUGAGGGGUUGGCGGGGAUGUGCUGUGCAUGGGGAGCGCUCAUCGCGAAGUUG